UCUCCAUUCAAAUAUCGCCCCUCCCACUUCUUUGCGCUCUCUGCAUCGCGUGGAAUUCUAGAGGGGCGGGAUCAGGUGCGACGGAGUGAGGAAGGAGACCGAUGGAUCCAGACGCGGUGGCGAAGGCGUUCGUGGAGCACUACUACACGACGUUCGAUGGGAAUCGGGGGGCUUUGUUGAAUCUGUACCAGGAAGGGUCCAUGUUGACCUUCGAGGGUCAGAAGAUCCAAGGGUCGCAGAGCAUCGUCUCCAAGCUCACCUCCCUCCCCUUCCAGCAUUGCCAGCACAGCAUCACCACCGUCGACUGCCAGCCCUCCGGCCCCGCCGGCGGCAUGCUCGUCUUCGUCAGCGGCAACCUCCAGCUCGCCGGCGAGCAGCACGCCCUCAAGUUCAGCCAGAUGUUCCAUUUGAUGCCAUCGCCCCAAGGAAGUUUUUAUGUGUUAAAUGAUAUCUUCCGACUGAACUAUGCAUGAACACAUGGGGCUUCUUGUCCACAAGAGGUAUUUGUUGCUGGGAUGUCAAGACUAUAUGAACCGUAUGCUUGUUACCGGCUGGUGCUUGAAUUUUAAAUGCAUCUGUUUUUUUUUUUUUGUUUUUGGACGGUUGCGUUUAGCAUCCGGUGUUCUGUCUCUCGAAGAACAUAGAUUUUUUUGUUCAUGGUGAUUGGUUGAAGUGAAAAUCGGCCCUCUGUUUAUUCCUGUACUAUGAGUUUGAUAGAAUCUCUUUACCAUUUUUCUUUUGGCCAAAAGUUUGGUCGGGUCGAGCUUUGAAGUUUUCAGCUUGUUCUCUCUACCGUUUAGUGCUGUCGGAUGGUCUUGUAAGUUUUCUCAGAGACAGUGGCUUGGUUGUGUACGACGCAUUGAAACAGAUACAGUCCGCAUCAUGUUUUGGAGUCU